AUGGAUGGGGAAUUCUCAUUGGAAAGCUACCUAGAUGAGUGUUUAAGCCAGGAUGAUCCUCCAUCAAAUAGCCCUCAAAUGUAUUCUCCCCUGAGUCUCUUUGAAUCAGAUUUGCCUAUUUCUGUCAUUCCGGGCACAUUGUUUACUCCUCAGCCUGACCAAGAGGACAGUGAAGGGUCCCAACAGAAGGAUGAAAACACAAUUCAUCCAUCCUCUGAUUUUUCUGGGAUGUGUCCCUCCAUGGCCCAAAUAACUCCCAUAACUCUUGUGUCCCCUGCUUCAGAAGGUUCUGGCAUUGUCCCACAGUUGCAGAACAUAGUAGCCACUGUAAAUUUGGCUUGCAAAUUGGACCUAAAGAAUAUAGCUCUUCAUGCCAGAAAUGCAGAAUAUAAUCCAAAGAGAUUUGCUGCUGUAAUUAUGAGAAUUAGAGAACCAAGAACAACUGCCCUUAUAUUUAGUUCUGGUAAAAUGGUGUGCACGGGAGCCAAAAGCGAAGAGCAGUCGCGACUGGCAGCUAGAAAGUAUGCUCGCGUGGUACAGAAGCUCGGAUUUCCUGCAAAAUUCCUGGAUUUCAAAAUACAGAACAUGGUGGGAAGUUGUGAUGUGAAAUUUCCCAUACGCUUAGAAGGAUUGGUUCUAACUCAUCAACAAUUCAGCAGUUAUGAACCAGAGCUGUUUCCUGGGCUUAUCUACAGAAUGGUCAAACCAAGAAUUGUACUGCUUAUUUUUGUGUCUGGAAAAGUUGUUUUAACUGGUGCCAAAGACCGUUCUGAAAUAUAUGAAGCAUUUGAAAACAUAUAUCCAAUUUUAAAAGGUUUCAAGAAACCCGCUUAA